UCAACACUCCAAGCGUGAAAGUAAACAAAUGAAUAUAGUUUAUUUUUACACUUUAAACAACAUUAGCAAUAGAAAUAUUCGUAUGUUAAUCAAAAUUUGUGUUGAAUAUGUUUCCUACAAAUCACAAAACUAUCUUUGUUUUGGAUCAUACUCCCUAUUUUGGUAUCUCUUCUGAUAACCCUAUAGACUUUGAUGUAACGAAAAGCCGGGGUCCUGGAUAUGUACCCUUGCCUCCUAUUUGUAAAUCGUUAUGGACUUGUAGUGUAGAAGCUGCCGUUGAGUAUUGUCGUAUCGUUUGGGAUUUAUUUCCUGAAGGAAAACUGGUUAGAUUUGUUGUGAGUGAUGCUGCGGCACAUAUUUUAAAUACCUGGGCAGUGACGCAACAAAACUUGACACAUAUAUUAAAUGGAUUAUGUCUUGUGGGUCCAGUGAGGAGGGGAGCAGGGGGGGAUGUUGUUGGUCUCUGUGCAGCAAUUGAGUCCCUAGGUGAACCCUCUCCUAUACAAGCCUCCAGACCACCUGCUGAAAGACAUUUUCAAAAUCGUGGCCGUAUAAUUUGUAUAACAAGUGCAAGAGAUGACGACUCCAUUAGAAGUCUUGCUGAGAUUGCUCUCAACACACUGGUACAGCAAAACAAAAAAGCAUCGGCUAUACAACCACCUACUACUGCAGAUGCAUCUACAAGCACACAAACACUUGUUGUCCACUACUGUCACUUAGUCAUAAUUAAUGUCACUCCAGAAAAGGCUGAAACUAGAGUAAACAACCAACCACUCACAGAGAUGGGUGGUGGUUUAAUGGGUGUUGAAGUAAUUGUAUGUCGAGCAAGUGCCUUAGCUAAUUUAUUAGGAAGACUAGUACUCCCUCACUACAGACUGGCUACCACUACAGUCACUGGGAUUCCUAUGAAGGAGGAGCAAAACGCCAGUUCAAGUGCCAAUUAUGAUGUAGAAAUAAUUCAUUCGGCAGAGGCGCACGCUGGCUUACGAGCUAGUCAAACUGCGGCUGAAGCUAGCGAAUCGGUAGUGCUACGUUGGUGGACCCCCCGCGGGGCGGAGGGUGGGGCCGGCGGGUGUAAUGGCCCCCUAUGGAGGGUGACCCCUGCGGAUGUCGCCUCAAGACCUUCAGCUUGCCUGGUUAAUUUCCUGCUUAAUGGACGAUCCGUUACUUUAGAAGUACCAACAAGGAAAGGUGGAUGCAGGUCAGCGUCACACGUACUAGCGGCUCAAGGAGGGGAAUUAUGGAUAGGAGCCCUGGGGGGCAGGACUCCCUAUGAUGAUCCUCCCGCUUUGUCGGAGGGCGCUGGAGGACGAGUUACUGACUAUAGGAUAAAAGAAUUCGGAGCGCUAAUGCAACAAAAUAAGCUACAUCCAUUGAAAGGUAGCGGCGCAAACGCACGCGCUCGAAGCAAAUUACAACGGCAUACUACUUAUUGGCCGCUUACUAUAUCGUCUACCCUCAUAUUCAACUUAGGAUCUGUAAUGGACCCCCUCACAAGGCUGGUAGUACAAGAGAAUCUCACAGAUGAGGAAGUGGACUCGUGUCGAGGGGUCCUGUUAUCAUUAUUGGGGAUGGAGUCCCGUCAUGAGUUCCCAGCAUCACAACUGCCUUCAAACUUGAGAGGCAAAUCGAGCGGCCGCCGCGAAGAGCAGUGGCGCCAAGUGUGGGGCGAGCUCGAGGCGCUGAUCCGGGCGCACUCCGCGUCGCCCGCGCACCGAGCCUUGUUGAGGACGCUGCUUGAAUGCAAGUCACAUAACCAUAGUUCGGAGGGAGAAUCUUCGAGAGCAACAGUUAUACGAGCAACAACGGAUUCUCCACUAUCUCCAGUUGGCGCUGGAAACGGCAACAGCAAUGACGUGUGGGCACCUAGGAAUGCGCUAGAUGCUUUGUUAGGUGCGCCUAGACCACCGAGGCGACCCGACUUCGCUGGUCGUAUGGCGGCCGGGAACAGAGUGGCUACGUUGUACCCUCAUUUGCAGCAAGAUGUUGAAACCACCAAUUAGUUUUCUUGAUACUAAUUUCAAACGGUUUCCAAUAAUUAUUCAUAAGUACCUAUGAUAAUUAAUUUUAAAAAAUAAGAGUAAGAGAGAGAGAGUCUAAGAGAGUUGUGAUGGUCAAAUUUUUUUUACUUUCCAAUUUAAUGAAACUCGUUCAAGUGGCAUAAAAUAUAAAUGUUAAUAAUGUACAAGUAUGAAAAUGAAUUCUUAAAACACGCAACUUUUUUUACAAAACAAUAUUAUUUAUUUGUAAGAAGGCUUACUGUAUAGAAUGUUAUUAAAAAUAAGUCAGUAUAAUAGUGUUUUACUUUGUGCCACUUAUUUUGUAACUAGAUUGUUUAACUUUGUAAGUUAACCCCCUUUUCUUAAAACAUAUUUUCGCAAAUAGAAAUUACAACAGUACCUAUGCUAAUAGCUAGAUACAUAAGACAAAGAUAGUUAUAUUUUAGCAAUCAGUUCUUUAAUGUAAAUGCGACAGUGUUUUAUUUUGAAAAAAAAAAUCUAUUUUGUAUAUUAAGAAGGCCACAAUUAUCUUUUUAUUUUUUAUGUAGACUAGAACUGACCAGACCAGAACAUAGAUCUUAGUAGAAUUGAUGUUUAGUUCUGUGUAUAACCAUACCACCAAACUGACCAUUUAAUUAGCAAACGUUUUAAGAUG